AUGACCACCGAUGGCCCUCAUCUGCCGUCCUCAGUCUCUGCAUCGUCUUCGAAGUCGCAUAGCGCCCAUAGUUCAUGCGCAGCGUAUGCAGCAAACAAGGCAGUGGUCACCUCACCUCCCUGGGCACGCGAUGAACCCCCUUCGCCCAAGGAAGGCGAGCCCCAAUCCGUCGAGAACGCCCGCCAUACACUGCAGUCUCGAUCCUUUGACAUCACCUCCCGCGAUUCUUCCUCUGCAGCGGAAGAACCGGGUCCCUCUCGAUGGUGGGCUUUUACUAGGCAUCGUCCAAGCGAUUCCCUGGGUCCCCUUGCCGCCGACACAUUCAGACAACAUCACACCAGACAUGGCCGGGAGCACGCCUUGUCUAUCCCAUGGCUAAACGUGUCACACUAUCGGAGCUCUCCAGAGGAAGGCCCUGCAAAUGUUCACGGCAGGGAUAUCGAGGAUCCUUCGACCUCUGAUCGACAUUCGACCCACAACUCUCUCCGUCUCAAUAUACCCACACGUUCUGCGGAUCCGCUCACCCUGGCGCAGAAUGCUACGCCAGGGUGGGAGACACCAUGGACUCCAAGACCACGCGGAGACAUGAUCUCUCGAGAGCACGCACUCUGGGAAAAUAGCACGGAACCCCCACCAAGGGAAGAACAUGACGACGGUGAGAAGCGGGACACAUGGGUGCCGCGCAAGAAGCGCUUUAGAACAUAUUUGAUACACAAUACAUAUGUUCCUCUGUUAUUCCGUUUCGUCAAUAUCGUUCUUACAACGGCUGCACUUGCCCUUGCGAUACGAAUACGCGUCAUAGAGAAACGGUAUCAUGUCAUGGGUGCUAUCGGCUCAUCACCGACUCUCGUCAUUAUCUUCGCACCCCUCACACUCGUUCAUGUAGUGAUAGCGAUAUACUCCGAAUAUUUUGGUCGGCCACUGGGUCUCUGGCGGACUUCAGGCAAACUUUUGUACACCCUCGUCGAAGUUGUGUUCAUCUGCGCGUGGUCGGCCGCGCUCGCGCUGUGUUUCGACAACUUCUUCACCUCGCUGAUUCCCUGUGCCUCACCCUCGAGCACGUCAUGGUACAAUCAGCUCCCUCGACCCACGAUUCCCGGUCUAAGCUCAAUCGAGGAAGGACCCGGAGACACGAUAUGUGACGACCAGGUCGCCCUCAUCUGUCUGUCCGGUGUUGGGCUCAUGAUGUACUGCUUCAACCUCGUCAUCAACUUGUUUCGAAUCUUCGAGAGGAUCAAAUAUCAUCCGACAUCCAUCUUUCCAAGAUGA